GCCAAGGUAACAGGGACACACAGUACCACCUUAAACAAGCCUAGCAACAGGGAUUAAGUCCAAACAUACUCACCAGCAGAUCCUGUCAGAUUUGUAGUUGUUUCUGACAGAGAGUGAUAUGAAGGAUUUGCCCCUAUCAGUGCUGAGUCGAGGGUGUGGUCACUUUGUCCCAUGUGAAGGGAAGCAAAAUGGACGAUUGGAUGUAUGCUUCACACCAGAGGAUUACUACAUUUGGAAGGCCCGUGGUCCUUUGCUACCACUGUCUACCAGUGACUGCGUGUUCACAAGACCAGAGUCUAUGCUCCCCAAAACCUUCAGCACCCGGAGAGGAGCACUGCUACUGUACUCACAGGGUUUGGUCACUUUGACAGCAUGUCCAUCAAAUUCAUAUGAAAGAAAUGAUUAUGGAAAGUGCAGUGCUCAGCCCAUCCAGCAGGGAGAAAUCACCUCAAUACGCUCUAUUCUCAACUACAGUGGAGAAAAUGAAAACAAUCAUGGGCUUCUCACCACCACAAUUCCAACCCUUAAUCAUCCCCAUCCUCCUGAUUUAAAAUACUUUGAGACUGGGCAUUGUAAAGAGCCCACUUCAGAGUAUCAUGUGGGUAUACAACUGCCACUCUCUGCUGAUAGAGGCUUUCUUGUACAACAAAGUCAACAUGAAGAUGGGCACAAAAUGAGGAUAGACGUGUUUCUCCAGAUGCCUUCAGCCGCUGCAGACUCUUGGAAUAAUAUGGAAGCCUUUCCCUCUGAAAAUCCAUUAAGGACCAGUGUGGAGCAGACCGAACUAGUGGAAGGGAUUGAUGUUGCCAGUGGAACUGAGCCAUUAGAUUUAAACAGCAGUAAUGAUCACGGUAAAAGAUAUCUGGACAAGGCAUCCCCUAAACAGUCAAAUACAAAACGAUCUAAACAAGGGGUGUUGCUUCCUCCUCUGAAUACAGGACAACUAGUCAAGUUUGAAUCUUACAGAGUGCAUCCAGACCGGGUAAAAGGGGAGUUUUUCAAAGAACAGUGUGCAGACCACCUACCCUCAAUAGAAGAAACAUUAGCAGGGAAAACAAGAGCUUUGAGUCACAAGCCAUUGGAUGUCCAGCCUUCAAAAAAUAUAAAUGGACCUCUGCAGCCCUUCCUGCCUCGACUGGUGCCUGAGAAAUAUGAGGUUUCACAAGAAAAGGCCCAAAAGCAGAGACUGCAAAAUACUGUCAAUCCGCACAGCAAGCACAAGACACGGAGCUGCAGAAUAACUGAGGGGCAUGCAGCUGACAACUAUAAUAUUUUACUAAAUCCAAAAGAGGAGUGUAAUGUACCAUUUGGGCUGCUCACUGGAAAAAGGGGCCCAGGUCAUCAGAGUUCUUUAGCAUUUUUACAAAAACUCUCUGAUGAAUAUAGAGCCCCCGACAAUACGGAGGUGGUGAGGGGGGUCCUGCCACUGGAGCUCAGAGAUUUGAAUGGUCAGUCUGUUGGGAGUCUGCUCUUGGGCCCUGAUGGUGAAAUUAUCCAACUCUCAAUGUUUGACAACAUCCAGAACUGCACUCAACAACAAGCUCUACAGGUGGUGUCAGCAAAAGGAGAGAAACUGCCUUGGGUUGUAAUGCUGCAGCCUGAACAACACAUCACAAAUAAAAAUAAGAAGACAGGUUUACAAAUAACUGACAUUCAACCAGGUCUAUCUAUCAAUAUCAGUAUGAGAUCAACAGAUUCUGGUCCUGGAUCACUUAAGGCCUCUUGUGACUUGGAUGACAUGGACAAUAGUGAUAUAAAAGAUACUAAAACUUCAAUAAAUACAAGACUUAAGAGUCCUAAACUAGAUGCAUUUGAAAAUAUUGUCCCAUGCUUGUCCACUGUGGAUGGGACAGAACUUGAAACAAAGUCAAGAGAAGACACGGUGGUAAAAGACAAAAAGAACCUCUUAAGUGGACAAUUGUCUUCACUACAGCAGGAAGAUGUCACAAUAAACAAACCAAAUGAAAUGCCAGCCACCAACAUUAGCCCCAGUUAUGCACCAGAACAAAAUACUGUGAAAGACAGUAAGAGGCUGACAACAAUAAAGGGCACUGAAGGGAGUCCUGUUUCCAAAGAGGCAAAAAGAAAAGACUCUAGAUCAACUACCAAUGACCAGGAAGAAAGAAAAACAUUGCAUGAUUCUCUACCUGAUAGUGGGCCAGAUAAGAAUGAUAGCAAACGUCAUUCAGCAAACACUACUAAAGGAGUAAAAGGCAAAGAAGCAAAGGCAAAAGAUAUAAAGAAGACAAAUGAUAAAAGUGUGAAUAAAGAUACUGUUGAUUCGGAGGAUGCGCCCAUUGACACGAACAAGAAGAAAAGAAGAGGAAAGUCAAAAGACAAAGACAAUCCAUCAGACAAAAUUACACCUGAUCUUUUAACUGACAAAAUCACAAACAGCAGCCAGGAUACUGAAGAGGAGGAGCCUGGACUGAAAGCGGACAAACUUAGCAGGUCUAUAAGGCCUCUGCGAUCAGGGGCCAGUGGAUCUGGUCUAAAACACAGCAGCUCUCAGAAGUCCCUGUCUUCGUCCUGUGAAGGAGGGACCUUCCAGGGGACCACCGCUCCCCUGUCCCUGUCCCACAGCCGUCUGUCCUCAUGCUCCACGGUCAUCAUCCAGGAGGAGCGUCUUAUGCUCAAUCCAACCAAAUCUGAGGUGGUCAUAAUAAACCAAGACGAUUACGCCACAGUUCAUGAAGCUGAGAAAAUGAGGAUCCAAGGAGAGGAGGGGGAGAGGAAGAGGAGGCAGGAAGAGGAAGAACAGAGACGGCAGCAGCAAAAAGAGGAACUGGAGCAGAGGAUGAGGAGUGAGCUGCAGAAUGAGAGACAGAGGAGGGCAGAGGAGAACAGACUAAAAAAACAGGCAGAGGAUGAGGAGAAACAGCAGCGAGAGGAAGAGGAGCAGAGGAGAAGGCAGAGGCAGCAGGAGCAGCGCGAACGGGAGAUGGGGAGGCAACAGGAGAGAAAGCGACAGAUAGAGCUUUUCCAGAGAAAGAGAGAGGAGGAGGAGCAGAGGAAGAGGGCUGAAACAGAGCAUUUGAAACUGCUGGAGGAGAAAAGUCUCCAAGAAGAAAACUUAAAGCUCCAAGAAAUGUCUGUGAGUGAGAGAGCAGAGUAUCAGCGUAGAAAACAAGAGGAGGAAGAUAAACGAGAGAGGGAAGAGGAGGAGCAGCUGAGGAGAAAGGAGGAGGCCAAUUUUUUAGCUGCAGAGAAGGCCAAGAUUGAAGAGGAGCUAUUGGCAAGGGAGAUGGCCCUCUUGCACCAGAGGUUAUCUUUUAAAAGGGGCCUUGUGGUGGAAUCAGAAGGUUUGGUAAAGAGCCAGGGCAUCUCCAGGCCUUGGACUUAUUCAUACUUCACUUUGUUACAACAGCUGGAUUUGUCAUCUGUAGGAGAGCGCUACACCUGACCUGCAAUAUACAGUAUAUGCAAAAAAUAAAAAAUAA